GAAUUGACGGACUGAAUAGGCUCGCUGUGGAGUUUAGAACAUACGAAUGUGGGGAGGGAAGUUUAGCACAUACUAGGAAUGUGCUGGUUUUGAGUGGUUGUGAUUCACUCCCAAUCAGUGACAACCGUCAGGAUAAGGAGACAGGUCAAGUUAGGUUGUUUAAAUGACUGUGCAAGUUAGCAUUUGCUGAUUCAAUUUAGCAAGUUCUGGUCACUACAGGAUCCUGUUUUGAAACUGGAUGUAAAGGGUCAAGCAUGGAUGUUGUUGUCGCAGAGGAACCCCUGAGGAAAAUUUUCAGAGCAAAAAAGACUAUGAAAGUCAGCGAUCGACAGCAACUGGAAUCCCUUCACACCACUCUCUCCUCUCCAUGUUCUUUGCCAUCCCCACCUCAGCCAGUAAUGGUAAAUGGGAAGCACUGUGAAGAUGUGUCUAUGGAAGUAGAUAAAGAAAUACAUGGAACUACACAUACCACCACUCAUGCCCCUUCCUCCCUGAUGGCCACAUCCCUAACCACUGAGACCUCUGAGGAACCAACAGCCUCUGAAUUACUGGUUUCUUCAUCACAGAACAUACACUCUGAUGUAAAAGAUGUUCAGGAAGAAGGAGAGGGGGACAAGGAGUCUACAUUACCCAGCCUUGAGGUAGAAGACAAAAUGAAUGGACUGGGAAAGGUGGAUAGAAAUUCCAAGGAGGAUGUUAUUGUUUCCUCUCCUGUGAGUUCAGAGAAAGCAGUAGCAGUAAGAGAGCGUGAGGUUGAUGGUAUGGAAGUAGACCUGGUACCAGGUACCACUCCGGACACAGUGCCCAUAUUGAACCCUGCUGCCUCCCUCCUCCUGUCCUCCAACACGGCUAUAGAGUCUGUCUCUUCCCCUUCGCUCUCCCCGUCAUACACGGCAGAGUCAGACCAGGAGGUCAGGCCAGGAUUCCUGGUGCUUAGUGAAGAUGAUGAUGUCCAGGAUGAGAGUGAUGAAGAGGAGGAACAGAGGGAAAGUGAAGGAAAGGUAGAAAAAGUUGAGGUUAACAUGGAGAAGCCAGAACAGUUUGAAAAUGGUGCUCCAGUUGACUGUCCUUCCCCUUCAUCACCGACGCCCCUUCAGAUUGAUGAAGAAGAGGAGGGUGCUGCUCUACAGAAGAAACGAUCCUUGUCUGGAGACUCGGAGGAUGGUGGUCAAAAGCAGGGAGAAAGAGACUUGGAAGUGGUGGAGAGGCAUCAUAAGAGGCCCAGAGUAGACUGUGAGGAGGUGGAGGCUCAUGUGGAGUUGAAGAUCAGUGGGAGCGCAGAAAAGCAACACAAGCUAAAGAAGGUGGUGCAGCAGCUUGUUGAGGAGCAGCUGGGUGUUCUGCAGCUCACACUAUUUGACAAGAGUCUUCAGGGGCUCAGAGACAGACUGGACAAAAUAGAAAAACACCCGAGUGCACUCAAGAGCCUGCAGGCAAAGAUUGGCCGACUUUCUAAGAAAGUUGGAACUGCCAUCCAGGCCAGGGAGAAUGCCAAGAAACCUCCAGAGGUACUGUUGCCACCUACCUCUACUUCUGCCACAGCAACCACCCAAGCAGGAUCAGGAAUUCUCGGCCUGAGAACAAUGGGGAACAACAUACCGGAUCCAAAACGUAAUGAUCAGAGCAGUCAAACCCCUAGUCCUGUACGUACUGAUCAGGGCUGUCAAACCCCUAGUCCUGUACCCACAGCCCCCUUGCUACCUUCCCCCUCUUCCACAGCCUCAGCCGGAUCUCAACCCACAUCCCAAACCUUGAUGCUGAGCACCUGUGUUACCCCAACACCAGGCCCGUCCGCCUUCCCUCUCCAGUCAUUCCUCAUACAGCUGCCUGGUGGUGGGACAGCCAUCCUUACCAACCCAACCAACUCCCAGCUAAUCCCAGUGUGCGCACUUCCCGCCAUGACGAGUUCCACCGUGACACCCACCACUGCCUUCCUCCUGCAGAGGACUACUCCCUACACCCCUGCUGCUCACAAGCCCCCCUCUGCUUCUGCCCUCUUAUCUCAUUUCGCUGCCACACCCACAACCAUGACUACACCCACUGACUCACCAGCUGCCACAACGUCCCACAUAACCACACCCAUACCCAUGCCCAGGGCCACAACCAUAACCACAACAACACCCUGGGCCACACCCAGGGCCACAACCAUAACCACACCCAGGGCCACAACCAUAACCACACCCAGGGCCACAACCAUAACCACACCCAGGGCCACAACCAUAACCACACCCAGGGCCACAACCAUAACCACACCCAGGGCCACAACCAUAACCACACCCAGGGCCACACCCAAUAUCUCCCACCCUGAAGACACUGGGACAGUCGGCAGGCCCAGCUCCAGUGUGUCUGUCUCCGUCUGUGAGUCCAUUCGGCUUGUGUCUGUGGCGAACUCCACUUCAUCCUUACCAAGAUUCUCAAUGCCAGCCACCACAGGCACUCAAACCUCUGUGCGACCAGCUGCCUCUGUGCAUCCAGCUGCCCCAGCACAACUAGCUGCCCCUGUACCACAGGUGCCUGCAAAAACAGGUAGUGAAUCUACAAAUACCCCUUCAGACUCCACGCAGGCAUUUCACCCUGCCAAAUCAGAAGCAUUCAUAGACCUGACAGAGGAGGAGGAGGAGGAUGAUGUUCUAGUUACUGGAGUGCUGAAGGCUCCGGUGGCUUUGAAGGCCUCAUCCUCGCCUUCAACAGCGGGUCAGCGAACAACGGCCACACAGCAAACAGCCACCUCCACUUCAGUCGGCACACAGGCCGUGAGGUCAUCUCUUGGUCAGACUUCAGCUGUUGGAUCUCCGCAUGCUGUUUAUCAUCGCCCCCUGCAGGGCUCCCCAUCUGAAAGUAUUGCCUCUGCAACAACCACUUCUUCAUCUUCCAUACCAUGUCCCCAGCCCUCUCCCCUUCCCCCCUUGCCUGUCCCACCUCAAACUAUCAGCCUGCCCCUCGAAGCGGCAAGCACCAGCCCUCCACAGCAGCCUCUGCUCAAAAUAACCCGGGUUCCGAGCCAGAAUGACGGCAUCGUGCUCUCCUGGUCUGUGAUUGAGGUAGACAGGAGCUGUGCUGCCGUGGACAGCUACCACCUAUACGCCUACCACCAGGACCACUCUGGCCCCAGCACACAGCCCCUACUCUGGAAGAAGAUAGGGGAGGUGAAGGCCUUGGCUUUGCCCAUGGCCUGUACACUCACACAGUUUGUCUCUGGCUCCAAGUACUACUUUGCAGUCCGUGCCAGGGACGUGUUUGGCCGCUUUGGUCCAUUCUGUGAGCCUCAGUGCACUGACGUCUUAACGUCCCCUUCACCGAAAGCUCCAAUUUAACCAAAUGUUAAGAUUUAAGUUAAAAGUUCAUUUGUUGUGUCAAGUCAAAACGAGGAGAAAUAUUGAUUCUGUAGAUUUUUUUUUUAUUUUCUUCUGGUAACCAAGGUAGCCAAAGUGAAAAGUUCAGUAAAGCUUCUGGCAAAUCUAAUUGCUCUAUUUUCAAAUGAAUGUGUGUUGGUAUUUUUUUUAUCAGAAUUUUGCACUCAAUCAUAUUUGAGCCCAGGUGUUUACAAGAGUGACUUAUCAUUGGAAUGUUACUGGAAAAUGUUGUUGCCCAUCCUGGUGAAAUGGGUUGGCCCCAUGUGACCACUGUCUGCCUGCUGUGUGUUUGACCACAUGGGUGCAGCAUUCUACCAAAAUGGAUAUCUUUGACACAGGACGAGAGGAUUUGAAAAUCAGACUUGAAAUGGCCUGGUCCCAUUUCUGAACGAUUAUGGAGAAAGUAUUCUUCUCCUUCUAGUUUCCUGAAGGUAUUUGAAAACUCAAACGUUUUAUUGCAAUUGUCAGUCUAACUGAAAGAACAUACUAUGAAGGGCAGAAUGACCAUGUUACUAUAUGGUAAUACACAGUUUUGCGUCUCAUGAGACAUGAACCUGCCAAAGCCUAUGUGACCUCUUUUCCUCCUGCUCAAUAUCUGCCACUGGAGGACAUGUUCUACAGUUAAAUGAUACAUGAUCUAGGGCCUCCUGUGUAUGUGUGCACAUCCUGUGCCAUUUUUUUCCUAUGGAUGUAAUUUAAUGUUUUUUUUAAAACCUUUUUGUAAUUUGGCUUGAACAGAACUAGUCAUGUUUUCCUAUU